AUGCUUCUAUCAGCGCUUCUCAUCCAAUCAUGGAUUACCCUCUACACCCUAUGUCAGCUCGUGGCUGCUGCCCCAACCGACAUUGAGCCCGAGCUUGACAAACGAGUGGAGAUCCCAUCGCCCAGAAUGUCUCCCUUUCGCGGCUGGGAGACAUUUAGAGGGCAAAGGCCGUGGGAGCCCCCGGAAGAACAUCGUGAAGAUGUGAAUUAUAUCGCGGAAUACGUGCUGGAAUUCGCAAAGCAAGGGUAUGCAAAUAUAGGAAGAGAGCUCCAGAGAAUUGGCCAACCUGGAAAUGGUGUUGUCUUGGUUGCUGCUUUGUAUGUCCCAGGGAAUGGAGUUUGGAUAAGUUCCAAGCCCCGUUCUAAGGAGCACGGUGAAGAUGGUGGAUCAAAAUACAUCUUCGAGAAUCGACAGGAAGCGCCAAAAUGGAAUUGUGAGAUGGGUCGAUACAAAGAGAACAAGGAUCAAAUUCACGCAGAGGAUGGGGCAAUCUUCUUCUUUGAGUCCACGCAUCAGAGGUUGGCGAGGGGAGAUAUCAUGGAUCGAGGUUAUCCGAAAGGCAGCUAUAUCGCUAUCUGGGGAAAGUCCAAAUCCACCUCGACGAGUCAAGAGUAUCCGCCAUGUUCAUCCGGGUCGGGCAAUCCUGUUUCCUGCUUGACAGGACUUUUGUCUCUCCACAUUGCGAACAAAGCCCAUCGUUCCUGGACGUUCCCCUUCGGGAAGCGAGACUCUGGAAGCUCCAAGUCGUGCGAUAAAUGCAAGAAAUGCCCGGCAGACCAAAUACCCUCGAAAGAUUGCAAAUCAUGCCAAGCUUGCCCAAAGAAUCAGAAGCCCGACGCAAGCAAAAAGAAGUGCAUCCCUACGAUGGACGAGAAAGACAAGGAGAAGCGAUAUCAGGCAACCAAGAAAAAAAAGAUCGAGGAGUACAAGAAGUCCGCGGGGAAAGAGAAGGAGAAGCGAUAUCAGGAGGUCAAGAACGAGAAGAGAAUGGAGUACAAGGACGCACAGGCGAAGAAGAAGCAAGCGAAAGAAGCCCACGAGAAAAAGAGCAGAAUGGGAAAAUGUCUAACCGUGGUGCCAUUGAUGAUGGAUGAUGACAGUGCACUCGACUAUUGCUCCAACUACUUCGAUCAUGACUUUGUCACCUCGGACGAUAUGCUACAGUACUGGCCAUCGUCUCUGUCUCUGGAUGCGGUGAAUACUAGCAUCGAUCUCGACUCGGACGACUUCAUCAAUCCUUGGAUGGCUGAGGUCAAGCAGAAAAACGAUAUUGCCUAUUUGGGCGCUUGUGGCAACCCCCACGGCAUUGGUUGUAAACGGUCGUACGACACCAUUGACGACGUCGAGAACACGGACAGUUCUAAAAACACGGAUCUCGCGGUUCCGCGUGGACUUGACAGCAACCCGCCGGUGGUAACUAGCGACCUGGUGGUGCGGGAAACGGAGCUCGCCGAAACCGGUGGACUAGAGAGGCGCCAAUUCCAAAUCCUCAUCGAAAUCAUCCUCGCCUUCUUGGGCCGAGCAGUGCCAGCGUUCUUGAGACUUACCUCGCUCUCAGGAAGACUUGCAAAACUAGCAACACAGGGGCGUGGGGCUUUGAGCAUUGCCAAGCGGGGACAGGCAGUGGCCAAAGACGCCAAAAGCAUGGCUGAUGCAGCGAAGUCGAUUUCCAAAGACAAGAAUUGGGAAAAGUGUCUGAAAGGAGAGAAGCCGUCUUGA